GAAAGCGAACGGGAGACAGAUUUCUCAAACUUCAUUACGUCGUAGUAAAGUUUUGGGUGUACCUAGUACGGACAUAUUGUUAUCCAUUUGUCAAUUACUGAAAAAAAAAAUUAGUACUGUCAAAUUUAAUUUGGCGGGAAUUUUAUUAAUUUUCGUUUUUCUCAAAUAACCAAUUAAAACUCAACUAAAAUUGACCAAAAAUAGGUAUAUAUUUUGUAAAAUAAAAUAAAUCUAUCUUCUAAAAUAGUAAAUAAGUAAUAUAGUGUAAUAAAUGUUUUGUGUUGAAUGAUCAAUAUUUAGUUUUUAAAAUGGGAACCAAAGUCGCUACGACGUUGUGCCUAUGUUUUGCUUUCUACACACGACACGUGAAAACACAAGAAUACUACAGAAUGGGUACAAACACGAACUCGGGAGAAGCGAUGCAGUUCUUGAGAGAAUACGACAGAGAAGCAUCCGGAAUGUGCUAUAGAGUCACCAUGGCCCAGUGGAAGUUCGUAACCAAUAUAACAGAACAUAAUCGAAGACCUAUGAUGGACGAGCUGGCUCUGAGCUCGAAAUUCGAGAGGCUAUCUUGGAGAAAGGCUGUGGCAUAUGACGCAUCCAGGGUCUCCGAUCCGCUGGCGAGGAGACAGCUGACUAAAAUCUUACAAAGCAGCAGGGCCAGUUUACCCGAUGAUAAAUUUUCUGAGCUCCAGCAACUCAUAGCAGAGAUGAAAGAGAUAUACAAUUCAGCUAAAAUCUGUCCGUACAGACAGAAGCCCUUCGAUCCUCACAUACCCAGGGUGUACUCGGACCUCACAAACCAGGGCUACACAUUAGCCAACCAACCGUACCAACAUUACCAGCCCUACACGGAGACCUCCGAAUAUUCCCAGUACUGCAACAUGCAAUUGGAUCCAGAAAUUUCCAGGAUCCUUGCCCAUUCGAGGAUCGAGAGUGAAUUGUUGUACGUGUGGAAGAAUUUCAGGGAGCAAACCGGCCCGAAACUCAGGAAUCGUUACAUGAGAUACGUUCAGCUGGUGAACCAAGCGGCGGUGAAUGCAGGUUUCAGAGACGCCGGGGAACAAAUGCGAGCCGCAUACGAGGACCAGUCGUUUAGGGCCAGCGUCGAAGAGGUCUACAAUCAGGUCGUGCCACUUUACAAGCAACUCUUCACUUACGUCAGACGCAGACUCUUCCAAAGAUACGGGGACGCGGCUCUCAGACCCGACGGACCCAUACCGGCUCAUCUAUUAGGCAACAUGUGGGCGCAGAAUUGGAAGUCCAUCAUGGAUUUAGUUAUGCCGUUCCCGCAGUCACCUAACGUCGACGUCACGUCGGAGAUGCUCAGAAAAGGAUUCACUCCACUAAGAAUGUUCCAAAUGGCUGAAGAGUUCUACACGUCUAUGGGCCUCAAGCCAGUCCCUCCUGAGUUCUGGCGAGGGUCGAUGCUGGCGAGACCGCAACAGCUGAGCGUGCAGUGCACCGCCAGCGCAUGGGACUUUUGCAACAGAAUCGACUAUAGGAUCAAACAGUGCACCGAAGUAACGAUGCAGGACCUCGUGUCCACUCACCACGAGAUGGCUCACAUACAGUACUACCUGCAGUACGCUGAUCAGCCCCAGCUGUUCAGGGAUGGCGCGAAUCCUGCGUUCCACGAGGCCGUGGCCAACGCGGCGACGCUGUCCGUGUACAACUUGGUGCAUCUGCAGCGGGUCGGGCUCUACCAGAACAAGAGUAAUGAUCCAUAUGAAGUCAGCAUAAACUUCCUGAUGACGAUGGCGCUGGAGAAGGUGGCCUACCUACCAUUCGCUUUUAUGGUGGACCAGUGGCGCUGGUGGGUCUUCGAGGAGGGUGUGGAGAACAUGAACAAGCGCUGGUGGCAGAUGAAGCUGCGGUACCAGGGUGUCAUUCCGCCCGUUCCAAGAACCGAAGGUGAUUUCGACCCUGGGUCUAAAUACCACAUCAUAUCUGAUCAGGAAUACAUAAAGUACUUCCUGGCGACGAUCUUGGAGUUCCAAGUGUUCGAGCAGUUGUGCCACGCGGCGGGGCAGGGGGGACUCCUGCACGAGUGCGACGUGUACCGCAGCAGGGACGCCGGGAGACUGCUCAGCGAUAUCAUGCAGCCGGGUUCUUCGAAAUCUGCUUCGGACAUCAUCAGAACGAUGACCAGGGGGAAAACGAACAGGAUAUCACCAGAAGCUCUGGUCAGAUACUUCCGACCUUUGGAGUUGUGGCUCAGAGUCCAGAACAGGGAGGAGCCAUUGGUGGGCUGGAACACUUCUCCCAGGGACCUGGCACUGUUCUCCCACUCAACGGAUUCUGCAACAACACAAUUACUCUCGCACUCACUUCUGUACCUCUCAUUAAUAGCUAAUGUUAUGUUUUAUUAAUAAAAUAAACUAAGUUUUGUUGAAUGAUUGA